GAAGGUCGGUUCAGAACCAACUUUCUCUCUCUAAAAAAGCAUUUUCUCUCUCUAGUUUUCUAUAUAUACAAUUCUUAUCUUCCCUAAAAAAUCCAUUGUCAAUAACGAUAGUAAAUAUAUACAGAAAAAGAAUAAGGAAGGGAAAUUUCACUUGCCCCCUCUAAAGGAAGAGGAGUUUUUGGUGAGAAACAAUAACCAAAAAAGAGAGAGAUAGAUCUCUCUCUCUUCUUCCUGCAACGAAAGGAUUUUAAUUAUUUUGGGGGUAAUUUAUUUUAUUUUUUGUUCCGGAAAAUUUCUAGGGUUUGUGGAGCGAUUUUUUUUCAAAUUUGGGGAUUAAAAAUUAUGGGGACGGAGGUUUUGAGGCCGCAGGAUUUGUUGGUUGAGAGAUUCCAUGUGCCUCCGGCGUCGUUUCAUCGCCGGAGAAAUUUUCCGGCUACCGGCGCUAUUUCGAAUCUGAACAUCAAUCGGAAGCCGAACCACACGCCGAACAGCUAUAGGAAGACUUCUCCGAAGCCGGAGAAGAAAAAAACCGCCGCCGCCGAGAACGUCGCGACGAAGAAGGCCGUCCACGGCGAGGCGCGGCGGAAGCACGACGGCGGCCCCGCCAUGGGGCAGAUCACUCUCCUGAGAAGAGGCGAGUCGAUGGAUUCGCUCACACCACCGAAAACCAAGGGCGGAAACCACGAAUCGAAGUCGUCCUCCCCGAAAACCAAACCGGUCGACGAUCUGGCGAUUUUAGGCAUCGGGAGAAUCGGACCGGAGUCGCCGGAGAUGCUGCCGAAGCAGAUCCGCCGAUCUCCGCCGCCGCCGCCGCCGAACAUGUACGCCGGAUCUGUCUGCGACACGUCGCCAUCUCCUCAAUCACUACCUCUCCCUUCCUUCUUCAGUAAGAAACUCCAAAUCGACUGCAGCAACGAUCCGGCGACGAGAGAUCUGAGGCGCAUGCUCCGCCUCGACUGAUCUAGAUCCGCCGCCGUACACCUUUUCUCUCUCGCAGCUCGCUUUUCAGUCACCCCCAAAAUUCUCCGGCCAUCUCCGAUUCCAACCGUAGAUAUUUUUUCACAAUACGGAACAAGGAAUUCACUAGAUCGCCGGAAUCCGAACACCGGAAAAUGAGAAGCUAUUUAAUUUAUAUAUAUAUAAAUAUAUAAAGCCGGUCUAAUCUUUAUUUAUGCACUGUAAUCAUCAUCUUCAUCUUCAUCUAUGUGUUUGUUUUUUGUAAAAUUGGUGGAAGUUUGUUGCAUUUCUUUCACUAAUUAAUUAGUUCAUAUAGAUUAAUUAAGAUUAUGUAGUUUAAUUAGUGUCUUUUUUUUUUUUCUUUCAGUCCAGCAGCUAAAUAUCGUUAUUGCACAGUUGUAUUAUCUUUAAUUUCGUGUUUAAUUAGCAGUAAUAAGAUCGUCAAUAAGUAUAAUUUAGCUAGUGUAAAAUUGUAUAAUUUCCUUCUGUUA